UGCAGUCACAGAAAGCAAAGCUACUGAGAGGACCAUCAAAUGAUUUCUUUGGACUGACGUCGGUGCGAAAAGUAGCCGUGAAGCAAAGAUGAGGCGGACCGUCCUCUUCCUGCUUCUGCUCAACACCUCGGCCUGCUGUGGUUUCGGCUUUAAAGGCUGCUCUCAGAACUUCCCCCAGUCAUACGUCAUGUGGUGCUUCAACAGGGACAUCGCGAACCUCGCCGACGUCGUCGUCGGGAUGCCAGACAACCUGACAACCAUCAACCUGUCCAAGAACAAGAUCGGGAUCGUCCCACCUGGAUCGUUCCGCCGGUUCCCGGGGCUCAAACAACUGGACCUCAGCCAGAACCGGCUGGUCUCCCUGAAAGGAGGCGAGUUCAGCGGCCUGAGUGUCCUGGAAUGGCUCAACCUCACCUGCAACAACAUCUCGCACAUCCACCCCGACGCCUUGGAUGGACUCGCCGGCCUCAAAACGCUGCUCCUGACCCACAACGCGCUGGCGACCUUCUCCCCGAGGAUCCUUGCGUCCCUCCCGGCCAUCGAAGAGGUCAACCUGUCCCUGAACAAGCUCCAGGCCUUCGGCUGCAACGGCUCCGCCGGGUCCUCCACGCUCUCGCGGCUCGACCUCUACGCCAACGCCGUCCGGUGGCUCGACGCGAGCUGCUUCCCCGCGCUGGAGUACGUCCGGCUGUCCAACAACUCGGGCCUGGAGCUGCGGGCGGACGCCUUCGCCUCCAACCCGAGGCUGAGGAGCCUGCUGGGUCAGGGGUUGAGGGCGGAAGCCCUGGCGGGACUCUCGGCGGCGACCAAGAGGAACCUCACUUUUGUGGCGUUCUCUUUGUCCGUGGAGAAGUCGCCGCUGACGGUCUGCGCGCUGCUGAGCGGGAUGGACCGGCUUCAGAGGGUCGAGGUUGACUUGAAGGGAUCCAGGUUACCCCGGGAUAACUACACCCUCUUGGGCUGCGACACUCCACCCAUGGUGAUCAUCGAGGACGCGGACCUUGGGGACGUCUCCAUGUUGUCUCUGGGUCGGGGUAACACGAGCCGACUUUACCUCAACAACUGCGGGUUGAAGCAGGUGUCUCCCACCGCGUUCGGCGGCUACCGAGGCCUGACCACCCUGCAGUUGAAUAAAAACAAGCUGCACCUUCACAGCGACGCGUUCCAAGGGCUGAGCCGCCUCACGUUCUUAAGCUUCGACAGUAGCCAAAUCAGUGACAUUGACCCCCACUGGUUCGUCCCCCUGAGGGGCCUGACUCGCCUGUCUCUGGUGAAGAACGAAAUCACCGAGCUGCCACCCGAGGUGUUCAGUGGGCUGAGCCGACUGGAGCAGCUCUACAUGCAGUUCAACCUGCUGAAGUACAUCACCAGAAAGCCCUUCAGUGGGCUGCGCAGGCUGAUCAAGCUCAACCUCAGCUUGAACAUCAUAGAUUUCAUCGAGGUCGGCACCUUCAGUGACCUGACCAGGCUUGUGUACCUGGAUUUAAGUGGCAAUCGCAUCAAGAGGCUGACACCAUUCAUUUUGUCCGGCCUGAUCAAUUUGAGGCAGUUUGUUCUGUACAACAACCGGCUGCAUUUUAACGCCCCUGAAGCUCCUUUCGUAGACCUUACUUCUCUGGAGGUAUGCAUUUUUUUCAAUUAUUAAAAAGUAUAGUGAUGCACUUUAUGUAUAAAUCUGUUCAUCUUUGUCGGCCUAUCUUCCAUGUCAACCCUGGAGUAUCUGGAGUUGAACUACCAGGGUCCCGGAGGUGAAGGCGUCGGUACCAUUGGGCCGCACUUCUUCCAAGGUCAACGUAACCUGACCUCAUUGACCAUCGGGCACAGCAUCCUGCUCGAAUUCCACCCCGAUGCCCUUGUUCCUCUGGUCAAUUUAAGGAAGUUGUUCAUAGAUAGUGUUGUGAUGAAAAGGACCAACCUGAGCGCAGUCCUGUCCCCUCUGAAAAAUCUGAAGAAGCUGACUCUGUUCAGAAUAGACCUCGACGCUCUGCCCGCUAACCUGUUGCCACCGGAUAAUAAGCUGGAGGUUCUCCAAGUCAAGUCAAACCACCUGCACACUGUGGACAAGCCCAUGCUGGAUGCCCUCCCCAGAUUGCGUGUUUUUGACAUUACGGACAACCCACUUUCCUGCACCUGUGAUAAUGCCUGGUUCAAGACGUGGGCCAUCCACAACACCCAAACCCAGGUGUCCUACCUGUACGACCUGCGGUGUGACAACGAGAGGACAUCUGCCUACCUGUGGCAGUUCGAAGACAGGGCCUGCUCCUACGAACAGGCGGCCUUCGCCCUCUUCGUCGCCUGCUCCGUGGCGGACGCGGUGUUUGUGUGUGUGUGUCUGGUCUGGCACAUGCAAGGCCCGACCAUGCGCUACCUGCUGCUCGUCCUCCGGGCCAAACUACGCGGACGCAGGAGGGCGGCGGCGGACAAGUUCCAGUACGACGCGUUCGUCUCCUACUGCUCCAAGGACGAGGCCUGGGUGAUGGAACAGCUGGUGCCCAACCUGGAGAGGCCCGCCGAGGGCGAGGCGGGCCUCAGGCUGUGCCUCCACCACCGGGACUUCCGGCCCGGCGCCGCCGUGCUGGAGAACAUCGAGGCGGCCAUCCACAGCUCCCGCCACACCAUCUGCGUGGUGACCCGUCACUUCCUGCAGAGCGAGUGGUGCUCCGUGGAGUUCCAGCUGGCCAGUCUGAGGCUCCUGUACGACGGCAGCGACGUUCUGCUGCUGGUGUUCCUGGAGGAGAUACCCGAGCGCUGCCUGUCGCCCUACACGCGGCUGCGCAAGAUCGUGCACAAGAAGACCUACCUGCUGUGGCCCGAGACGCCGCAGGAACGGGCCUCCUUCUGGGUCCGACUGAUCGAUGCCUUGAGGGACGGCCAGGAGGGGGGUGGAGAACACGUGUUGGCAUAGAAACAUCAGAGGAGCAAUUAACAGAUUGUUAAAAUAGUGGGAGAUUACUUUUCGGUCGUUGAUCUGCACAAGUCGAUCGAUCUAAAUCAACAAUUCAUCUUGGAGUGACACAUUGUUGCAGUAUAGAGUCUCUCCUCUGGCAUGUGGAGUGUAGUGUAGAUUGGGUCUUUGUCUAUGUGUGAAAAAUGCACACAGCUAUGAGUGUAAACACAGUUGUCAUUUGUCAAGUUUCUU